UCAUUUGUAGUGCGUGUCGCAGAACGCAGCGCCAAUUCCACCUGCCUGCAGGUCUUUCCAGGAGUGAGCCGGCAUAGCGUUCAGCCAGUGCCUCUUGAGGUUCUCCGUCCUGCCGUCGGGGUGAUUGAUGAAGACCCUGUAGUCCCGAUACAAAGCCUGCUGCUGUCCAUGUGGAGUGAACUCCUGCACUCGCACUCGGAUAUCGGCCCCCGCUCUGUGCGCCUCGAUCAUCUGCUGCUCGAUCCCCCGCUGACGUCUCAU